AUGGAGCACUACUUCUUCACGAGGCUGAAGAAAAUCGAAAAGAGAUUCUCGUGCAACGUGAGGAAAGGGGGGACUUGGUCGAACAAAGGCCAGGCCACCCCAAUUUUUGGGGACGACAAAGGUGUGAUCUUGGGCUACAGGAGGACUUUUCGAGUAAGUACUUCCCGACACCGCCUUGAAGUCGCCAUUAAAGAAGAGUGCAAGAAUUAUGCUCUCUGUGUUCUUAAGCGAAAAUGGCAAGGGAAGGGCUCAACCGAUUGUUCGUGUUCGUGUUUGGGUUCGGGUUUUGUGUCGUUGCCUAAAAAUGGCGUGGUUUUUAGAGAGUCGGGCAAGGAGACGAUGGAUUGGGCCCACGAGCUGCAGUGGAAGGGCUCGACCGAUUGUUCGAGUUCGGGUGUUGUUGUGUCGAUUCCUCUUGGCAAUUGUGUGGUUUUUGGAGGGUCGGGCUCGAAGGAGACGGUGGAUUGGGCCCACGAGCUGGAUAGUAUUAUGAAUAAUCAUGAUGAAGUUGUGUUUUCGAUUCACAACAACAACAUGUCGAAAGGUUUUCGAUUCUCUCCUUCAGAAACCGAGAGAAUAACAUAUCUGCUGAACAAAGUCAUCGGUAGACCGAUGACGGAGGAGAAGUUCAUAGCCACGGACGACUUUUACGGCCCGAAAGAGCCCCGCGACAUUUUCGGAGACGCCGACCGCCGCGAAAAGGAGCGCUACUUCUUCACGAGGCUGAAGAAAACCGGAAAGAGAUUCUCGCGCAACGUGGGGAAAGGGGGGACUUGGUCCAACAAAGGCCAGGCCACCCCAAUUUUCGGUGACGACAAAGGCGUGAUCUUAGGCUACAGGAGAACUUUCAGGUACCGGCCGGCCAAGACUAACUCCUGCGAAGACGACGACUAUGUGUGGCUGAUGACGGAGUACGUUCUUCCCGACACCGCCUUGAAGUCCAACGCCAUUAAAGAAGAUUCCAAGAAUUAUGCUCUGUGUGUUCUCAAGCGAAAAUGGCAGGGGAAGGGCUCGACCAAUUGUUCGUGUUCUUCGUGUGUUGUUGUGUCGAUUCCUCCUGCCGAUUGUGUGAUUUUUGGAGAGUCGGGUUCGAAGGAGACGGUGGAUUGGGCCCACGAGCUGGAUCUUCUAUUGAGCAGUAGUAGUAGUUGUUUGCCGCCUUCGGUUGAUGGUGCGGUUUUCGGAGAAUCUGGCACUCACGAAGAGGAUUGGGUUCGUGAGUUGGAGGGGAGUAUUAUGAAUAAUCACGAUGAAGUUGAGAGUGUUGCUGCUAAUUGUUUGCCGCCUUUGGUCAAUGAUGUGGUUUUCGAAGAAUCGGGCACUCAAGAGGCGAACGACGAGGAUUGGGUUGGUGAGUUGGAGAAGAGUAUUAUGGAUAAUCAUGAUGACGUGGUUUUCGGAGAGUCGGGCACUCAAGAGACUGGUGACGAGGAUUGGGUUCGUGAGCUGGAGGAGAGUAUGGAUCACGAUGAUGGUGAGUGCCUCGAGAAGCCUAUUGAUGACGAGGAUUGGAUUCGCGAGCUCGAGGAGAGUAUGGAUUGCAUCGAGAAGCCUAUUGAUGACGAGAAGAACGAGUCGAAUCCCGUAGACGAUAGUUUCGAAAAGGAGCUGAUGGAUUUCUUUGACUUUGAGCUGCCGGCCGACGAGCCCUCUCUGUGGGACAAUCUACCUGACGAUGGCCGAUUUUUCUGGAAGGAAGACUGCUCCACCACUGAUGUGCCCAUUAUUGCUGCUAACUAA